AGUUUUUUCUUUAGAUUUGUUAGUUUAUUCAAUGAAUAACUACUUAAGCAUACGGUUGCAAAACUAAAUAAAAUACAAAUACUUAAAAGUACAAUAAUAAAAAAAGAGUAAAAAUCAAAAGAAAUCAUAUUAAUUACAAAAAAAUUUAAAAAAAAAAGAAAUAACUAAAAAGCCGCUCAUAUCCUGUAAUUAUUAAUGAAAUUAACUAAUCGUAUUAUUCGCUCAACAAAGUGAACUCUAAUAAAAUUAUACUACUUUUUUUUAAAAAGCUAAUUUAAUUUAGUAUCAAUUAUAACAACGAAGUGUUUAAAACCAUUCAACGAAAAAUCUAUUCAAAUUAAAAUAAAAUAAUAUCUCUCUAACAUAAUGUUAAUAACCCCAGAUGCCUUUACUCUUAACUGUGUUUAAUGUGUAGAAAGUUGUAUAAUAAAACUUAAUGUUUUUAUUCAAGAAAAUCAAAAGAAGAAACCUUAACUUGUAAUUCAGCAAAGAAAUCAAAAAAAAUAAAUAAAAAAAAAACAAAAGUGAAAAUAAAUAAAAUUGAAAAAAUUAUGAAAAUAACGCCACGCAAAAGAGUGAGAUGAUUUGAAAUUUAGUUUAAUCGUCCUUUUUUUUGGUUUCUGUUCGAUUUUAUUUUUUUUUUAACGGCAAUUUUUGUUCAUCAACACAAUAAUGUUAGACCGUUAUACGAAUCUGAUGUUCUCAUUUGGAUUUGGUGUCAUACUAAUGUGGUUAACCGAAUCUACGGAAGCCAAUGUAAAUUAUACAGCAAAGCCAAGAGUGGUAUUACCGCCUAAUUAUGUCAAGGAAAUACGGCCACCUUCAAGAAAGGGCUCUCCAGUUAUCGUAGAUUUUAGUAUUUUUGUAGUAGAUAUAAAUUCAAUCAAUGUAGAGGAUAUGGACUUUCGAGUAGAUAUGUUUAUACAUCAGAAAUGGUUAGAAUCUAGAUUAGAAAUAUCCGAUGAUAUUUUCGAAGAAGGCGACGAUUAUGUAACACUACUUCCAGAAUUUUUCGAUAAUCUUUGGCAGCCGGAUCCAUAUUUUCUCAAUUCAAAAAUAGCUGAAAUUGCCACUUUAACCCACAAAUUUACCUCGGUGACUUUGUAUAAAAAUAAGACCGUACGUUAUGCAGCACGUAUGCAUGCGAUUAUAGCCUGUCAAAUGGAAUUUCAAUUAUAUCCCAUGGACAUACAAGUGUGUCCCAUAUACAUAGAAAGUUUCUCAUCAAACAAUAAAAAAGUGAAAUUACGUUGGUCCGAUUCGGGCGUUACAUUGAAUCCAGAGCUAAAACUCUUGCAAUAUAACUUGGGCCAGCCCUUAGAGCUGGAGGAGAGCGAUGGUUAUAUGCCCGAAAAGGUGGGCAACUUUUCCCGUUUAACCGUAUACUUUCGUUUCGAGCGACAAAUUGGCCAUCAUUUGAUCCAGACAUUUGCACCCUCUUCACUGGUUGUCAUGCUGUCUUGGUUUAGCUUUUGGCUGGGUCUGGAUGCCAUACCGGGCAGGGUAACAUUGCUGGUUACCUGUAUGCUAACGUUGGUGACCAUGUUUACCGGCCUGAGAGCGGAUAUACCACCUGUGGCCUAUGUUAAGGCUUUAGAUUUAUGGAUGGCGGGUUGUAUGGUGUCGGUAUUUGCGGCCUUAGCUGAAUUUGUAGUGGUUAAAGUUUUAGAUGUCCAAUAUCAAUAUCAGGUUAACAAAAUACCCAAAACGUUGCCAAUGCGCAUCAGCAACAUGGAAAAAGGUCAAUGUGCAACGGUAGCUAGCUGGGAAGGUGGAGCGGUAAGAUCACGCAAGGCCACACAAACUCCCACAACACCGGGCCAGACCUCCUUACAGGGCAAUGGUGGUCCACCCAAGCCGGCCCGGCGACAAAGUUUACUUUCGGUGGCCUGGACGGACAUAGACACCGGCGUAGAGAAGAUAAUGUGGCGUGAAAUCGACAAAGUAUCACGUGCCGUAUUUCCCAUAUUAUUUUUUGUCUUUGUCCUUUUAUACUGGCCCAUAUUGCUGAUGAAGUCAUCCUAGGAUUUAGGGAGUUCCAGAGCACAUCUGUCUGGACUCCGUUAAAAAACACUUAAAGCUUUAGUAAUGGCUUAAAUUACACACAUUAAAACAAAAACACGGCUUAAAAUGCUUAGAACGAAUAUAAACAAUAAACAUAUUUUUUAUAUAAAUUUUAAAAUAAUUUUCAAAAAA